AUGUUUAAGAUACGUAAAUCUAAGGAUGAGGAGCCGACUGCUCCAGGGCAGGGUAAGAUUAAAAAGAGGUCAAGGGUGCCUGGAGUAAUGAUCACCCAAUUUGUGGAAGAACUGCCUGAAGGCAUGAGCACACCAGAUUUCACUCGGAAACCAAUUGCUCUGACGAUUCAAGAAGGAAAAUUGGCAAUCUUCAGAGCAAUAGUUACUGGCAAACCAACACCAACUGUGACCUGGGUGAGAAAUAAUGGAGAAAUUGAUGAGAGGUUCAAAAUCUUCUUUGAGUCAAGUUCUGGUGAACACCAGCUGCAGAUUCCAGAUGUAUCAGUGGAUCAAGCUGAUACCUACAAGUGUUUUGCUGAAAAUGAAUAUGGAAAAGCGAUUGUAACUGCUGCCUUAAAUAUUAUUGAAGUUGGCUAUAAGAAGAGCAGAGCUAUGCAACAAUCAAGAACAGCUAUCCGAGAGACACCUGAGGAUUUCAAAAAGGCCUUAAAAAAUACGUAA